GGAAUUUGUCGCAGUAAUUUAAAGUAUCAAUUAUACUGAAUUGAGCGAUGUUGUAUCUUCUUCCUGGUAUUGUCAAACUCUUCCUGGUGCUUUCUAUAUUUGAGUGUACGGAAGAUGAAUACUGCCUAAAGCGGAAAUGUCAACAUUACAAGACUUGAAGAUUCGCAUCGUUGCUGUGAUUGGUUCAGAAAAGAAUGGAUGCACUGGAAAUGAUUUGAUUCGGAUAUAUAAGGAUAUAUAUGGCAAAGAUUUGCAUCCAAAUGAAUAUGGCUUUAAGGAUCUGAAUUCUCUUCUUGUUUCAUCAACUAUGCAAGGGGAAGGUGGAAUUAUAUAUAAAAAUGGGCGAUAUUUCGCAGCUGGUGAUAAAAAUACUAUAAAAAUGCUGGAUCUUGUUCGUCAUACAAGAUCUCGAAAUUCUAAAGCACGGCGAAAAUUUAAUGCUGUGACAUCUGUUAAAGGAGGAUCCAGUUCGGUGAGUACACCAACUCAUUUUCACUCUAUUAAAGCUGAAAAUAUGAAAUUGCCUGAAAGGUCUCAGAUGGUGAAAGAAGCUAUUGCCAUAAAACAAGUAACAACACAACCUCAACCAAAUUCGGACAAGGUUUCAAAUAUUGGGCAACAAACGAAUCCUAAAGCAAAAUUUUGUGCAAGGCGUAUGGGACCGUCCCAUGUAUUUGAAAACCAGCAAUCACAACUUAUUUCACCUAUGCGAACUUCAGACAAUAAUCAAUCUUUACCCAUUCAACGAAAUUACAAUCAUGAUGACCAUGCCGUCGCGUCAGUUUCAGAAACCCAACGACUACCACAACCAAAUAUGAUUGGAAAAAAUGGAAGGAUGAUGUUUCAAAAGGGUAGAAAACGAUUAGUAAAAAUUAUUGAGCAGCAUGGCGGUCAAAUGAAUUUUUCUGAACUGAGCAAUUCAUACCUGCACUUUUUUGGUGUUCCACUUAACAGUGCUGAGAUCUGCCGUUUAUUUAAUGCCAAUGAAAAAGAAAUUCACGAUCUCUAUAUGUUUCUCAAAAGUUAUUUAUAUAACUAUGUUGUGGUGACAAAACAUGCAGAUGAUCUUUUGCUUACGGUCAUUGACGACGAGGAUGAUAUUGAUGAAUUCGAAAAACUCAGUAUUAUCGAUACAAUGACUCAAAAUUCAGUGCUACCUACGGAUCAACCUAUCAAUCCUAUUACUUUUACGUCAGCAAAAACUGAAGCUACUGCUAUUAGUUGCCCUCUGGAUUUACAACCUUCUGUGCUAGCUGCGGGUGAUCGACAUGAAUACCGUGAAGGAUCAGCAUUGGCUUCAGCGAUAAGGUCGAGAGAUGAUUAUUUGCCAUAUAAGGUUUUAGCUGAUAAAGUGCUCUCUUUUGUCCGAGCGAAAGGUUCUUUCAAGGUCUCUGAUUUACCGAAGAUUUUUUAUGAAGAGGAUGGCCGACACAUUGAUCCUAAGAAUUAUCCGGAAGGCACAUGGGAGAAUAUCAUACGAAAAUCACUUUUAGUCAGUAGACAUUCAGAACUCACGCUUCAAGAUGGUGUGCUCGUUCUCCGAAAAGACUUCCAGAAGUCAGCUUUCCCAUUUGCUAACUCACCGAAUAAUUUGACAAAUACUCAAAAUGAAAACGAACGGUCGAUACCUCUAAAUUCUAAUGAUAGCAAUGUACCAGCAGCUAUAAUCUAUGAUCUGUUGGUGGAAGCAGGAAGACCUCUACAUCAAAAAGAAUUACUCGAAAAACUGUGUGCAAGAGGCAUCGAAGUGAACGUUUGUCAGCUUACUGUUAGGCUGAUAACGAAAUUCAAAGAUGUCUUUUGUUGCAAAUUUGAUGUGGCAGGAUUUUUGAUAUCGUUAGCACGUAAUGCCAAAAGACCUGAGGAACCAACCGUAUCGUCUUGUUUACCAUUGUUUACCGAAUCAGUCAAGAUAGACACUCAUGUUAUGUCGGAUUAUUGUUCAACUACCGAAUCAGCCGGCAAUAUUUUCAAACCAAUUUUAUUGGUAAAUAUUGUACUGAUUGACGAACCACCUAACAAGUUUCGAAUUCAGGCAUCUUUUAGACUCCGUUCUUUCGAACGCGCAUAUAUUUCAUUCGAAAAGAAGAUGUGCCUUCAUUAUCUAUAUUAUGGUCAGGAAAAGGAUUAUUGGGUAGAGAAACCCAUAAAAAAUUGUAAUUAUGCUUUCCACGAUACCAAAGAUAAUCAAGUUUAUCGAGUUCAAUGCAUAGGUAGUGAUAUUCAUGAUGGCGUUGUGCCCGUUUAUUUCAUUGAUCAGAUGCGCUAUCAGGAUGCACCAGUUAGCCAACUUAGAAAGCUAACACGUGAUUAUACAAGGCCAUCAUACGGUGUGAUAGCAAAAACUGCACCAUUUAUGGUUGUACCUGGAAAAGAGAAUGAAUUCGAUGAAUAUUUCACUGUGGUUUGUUCAAAGCUUCUUGGAAAUGCCACGCAGGAUAUCCAGGCCGACGUGGUUUCUGAGCCAUCAAAAAAUCUGUUCGAACUGAAGCAACUAUAUAGCGAGACACGCGAUUUAAAUGUACCGGCAACAUUUGUGCGACAAAAAUUGAUUCAGAUGUUCUCUUCGAGUAUUUAACUAAGGAUAUGGUUAUUGAUAAUGAUAUAUAAUAGAAGUAAUUAUAAUUUUUAAAAAUCUGCAUACGAAUAGUAUUACAGCAGUUACUAAAAGUGUUUGGAAACAAUAAAAGUAGAGUUAAAUAACUUGGAGUGGCAAUCAGAUGUCUUAUCAAAUCGAUUUAAGAAUUGCA